CGCGUUCGACGGCUCGCUGUUGUGCCGCGGCUGGACCCUGCCCUCCCGCUCCGUGCAAUCUGAAGUUUCAAACCAAAGUGUCUAGAUUCAAUUUGUAUUAUUAGGAAGAGAGGCAACAAAGGUUGCAGUUGCCUGAUGGAUGGGUCUAAGGGUAAUGCUGAAGAAGACGCCUAUCAUGUGACAGGAGACUUACGAUCGCCAAAAAUCCCGAGGAUAAGUCCUGAUGGUUCCAAGGACAGGGAGUUUGAUAGGAGGGGGAGAGAGGACAAGAAUGAUUGGGACUCUUCAAGAAGUGAAACUUCUGCAGAUAGGGCUGAUACAAGGAGCAGGAGGUCAGGUAGCACGGAGAAUGUCAAUGAGAGGAGAGGAUCUGCUGUGGAAGAAAACAUCGGCGAAGAUAGGAUUUCAGUGGAUCAGAGUCAUCAAACUGGAUUACAUUUGGUAAAGGAUGGUGAAGCUGGACAGCAUGACUUGAGGAUGGUUGGUGUGGAAAACAAAGAGACACCACCCAAAUUUGGUAAUGAUGGAUGGGAUUCAUCAGGUGAUAGAAGCAAUAGAGAGGCUCAACCGUCGCAAAUACCAGAUAAUGAAAGGAGCACUGGCACAAAAGAUAAAACAAAAGUGGAUGCCCAUCGAGAUACAUCAGACAGAGGGAGGGACAGCAGCUGGAAUGUGAAAACCCGAGAUGCUGAAGGAUCUGAGCAGUACCCGCGGAACCGUCAGUGGCGAGAUCCUACGGAGGCAAAUGUUUCGGAAUGGAGGAGCCCCCAGGAAAGGUUAGAUGGUACGAGUUCCCAUGGUCGAGCUAUGUACCGGCAGGAUUCCAGGGGUAGAUCGGAAAGUGGUAGAGGUUUUUCAUCCUAUGGAAGGUAUGACAGAUCUGAUUCAAUAGAGAUCAGGCCAAAUAGUAAUUUUGAUUUUGGUCAAGAGGGCUCUGUUUCUGCAAGAAAAUCUGACGUGGGAGCUCAUCGGGAGUUAAUACCAGGAGCAACUGAUGAUAAAGGUACCAAUCAUCCUGAAGCAGAUCAAAGUGGUAGCACCACAACGAUUUCUUCACUUCCACAGCAAGGGCCUAAAGGUGAUAGAUCCUCUAGAGGAGGAAGGGGGAGGCCAAAUGGAAGGGAUUCUCAGAGAAUCGGAGUUCCAGUGCCACUCAUGCCGCCGCCUACAUUUGGUGCGCACACUCUGCCACCAGGACAAAUGCAACAUAUGGGGCCCAAUAUUCCCCAUUCUCCAGGUCCUCUCAUACAAGGUGUUUUCAUGCCGCCAUUUCCAGGACCUAUGGUGUGGCCUGGAGCAGGAGGUGUUGAUUUGAGCAUGCUCUCUGUUCCACCUAAUCUUCCCAUCCCUCCUCCUGAUCAUAGGUUCACACCAAGUAUGGGAGGUGGACCUGGUCAUAAUGUUCACUUAAAUCAAAUGGGUGCUCCAACGAAUGUGUUGGGAUUGGGUUUCAAUCAAAUGAACACACAAAGUCGGGAAAUGCCACAUGAUAGAGUAUCUGGAGGUUGGGUGCCACAUAGGAAUAGUGGGCCAAACAGAAAAGCUCCUUCAAGGGGUGAGCAAAAUGAUUACUCACAGAACUUUGUGGACACUGGCAUGCGACCUCAAAACUUCAUUAGAGAACUUGAUCUUACAAGUGUAGCAGAGGACUAUCCAAAAUUGAGAGAACUCAUACAGAGAAAGGAUGAAAUUGUUGCUAAUGCUGCUUCACCGCCCAUGUAUUAUAAGUGUGAUCUCCGUGAACAUGUUCUUUCUCCAGAUUUUUUUGGUACAAAGUUUGAUGUUAUUCUUGUGGAUCCACCGUGGGAAGAGUAUGUUCAUCGUGCACCAGGAAUAACAGAUCACAUCGAACACUGGAAUGUUGAGGACAUUAUGAAUUUGAAGAUUGAGGCUAUAGCUGAUACUCCCUCUUUUCUCUUCCUUUGGGUUGGUGAUGGUGUAGGCCUUGAACAGGGCCGCCAGUGUUUGAAGAAGUGGGGAUUUCGUAGGUGUGAGGAUGUUUGCUGGGUUAAAACCAACAAGAAAAAUGCAUCAUCAGGUCUGCGGCAUGAUUCUCGUACAUUGUUGCAGCAUUCAAAGGAGCAUUGCUUGAUGGGUAUAAAAGGAACGGUACGCCGUAGCACCGAUGGCCAUGUCAUCCAUGCGAAUAUUGACACUGAUAUAAUAAUAGCCGAAGAGCCCACUGAUGGUUCGACAAAAAAACCUGACGACAUGUAUAGGAUCAUUGAGCAUUUUGCUCUUGGAAAGAGGCGUCUUGAACUCUUUGGUGAGGAUCAUAAUAUUCGGCCUGGUUGGCUUACUCUUGGGAAAGAUUUAUCUUACUCCAACUUCAACAAAGAGGCAUAUAAUAGGAGCUUUGCGGACAACGAUGGGAAAGUAUGGCUGGGAGGUGGCGGUCGCAACCCUCCUCCUGGGGCUCCACACCUAAUCGUGACGACUCCAGAGAUCGAAGGCCUCAGGCCGAAGUCACCCCCACCAAAGAACUGACAACAGUGGCCGUCUGAGGGCUCGCAACUGUACCGGGAAGUCCCAAGCGGCUCAGUGACUGAUUUGUUCAUAAGCCGAAACGCUUGCUACAGUUUUGUAGGCCUUGUAGGGAAGGUUGAGCUCAUGUCGUGCGCAAUGUCAAGUCUCGGUUUCAAAUAUGAAAGAAGAAAUGUAGCAGUGUUCGUCUAAGAUGGUUCAGUUUAUAGAAUGUUGCAGCGAGCAGUAUAGCAACUGUUUUUUUUAAAGAGAAGCAUUCUGUCGUGCUGCUUUGAUUCGUUUAAUAAAGCCGUUAAAGAAAAUUGU